AACAAAAAGCAGCGGUCCUAUAAAGGAGCAUGCUUCUUGAACACCCCCAGAACCAGACUGGAGAAAAACUUCACCUUCUCAUCGAUAUCAUCCAUAGUAAAAAUAUUGUAAAAAGGUUCCCUCAGCAAGUCGCUCUGAAAUAAGUUUAUAUCGAAAAAUUUGAAGUCUCUGUAAUAGUGCAUUCUUGGCCUCCUCACUGACGAUUCAAAGCUCAGCUCACAGAAAACCAUUUUGUGAUCAGACACAACAUCCGCAUUAACGACACCAGAAUUCGAAACGCAUCCUGGGCUGGUAACGAAAAUUGGAUCCAACAAUGUCAUAGAGUCUCUAGAUAUUCUUGUAGGUUCAUCUAUCAAUUGCGUGAAACCAUAAGCAUCCAUGGAAUUAACCAAAGUCCCGUUCGUAAGCAAGUCGGUGUUCACAUCUCCGAGCAAAAUUAGCUCAUCAACAGUGGGAACGAUUGAGGAUAAGGAAUCGUCAAGAGCUUCAAUAAAAGAAGGUAAACUACCCUUAGGGGGGCGAUAGACGCAGCCGAUUGCGAAGGAGGUAUUGUUCAUCUUCACCUUAAUCCAUAUUUGCUCGCAAUGAUCGUUGACACUACUCGAAAUGAAUGAUACGUCCCAUUAAUAAUAUGUUAUAAUGGGUUUCCAGAGAUAUUGUUCAUAAACUGAAAGAACAGUUCGAAGCUUCAAAAUAUUACUCCAAAAAAGAAACAGGCUUCCGAAGAAUUGGUAGUGAGAAAUGUAUUCUAGCCUUUUUAUGGUUUGCCAGUAAUGAAUCUACUUCAUUUAGAGAUGUGGCUGACAGAUUCAAUUUAUCUGUGAGUACGCUCCAUAGGAUCGUAGUAGAUGUGACAUCAUUUCUUUCUGAUAUGUCUGGCAAUGUAAUUGUUUGGCCGUCAGCAACAGAAUUCAGAAGCAUUUCAGAGGAAUUUGCAGAUAUGGGUUUUCCUAAUGCCAUUGGCUGCAUAGAUGGCACACAUAUAAGGAUAUAUGCACCCCUCGAUGAUGCUGUAUCAUAUUUGAACAGGAAGAAAUAUUAUUCUAUUCAGGUGCAAGCUGUUUGUGACAAUACGAAGAAAAUAAGAGAUGUUUUUAUAGGGUAUCCAGGAAGUGUUCACGAUGCUAGAGUUUUCAGGACUAGCCCUCUCGGUCAAAAUUUAUCAGAAAAAUGUAGGGAUUAUGUUCUUUUAGGUGAUAGUGCCUACCCUUGUCUGAGAAAUUUAUUGACUCCUUACAAAGAUAAUGGAAAUUUGACAAAUGUUAAAAAAAAAUAUAACAAAAAACUUAGUCACUGUAGAGUUUUCAUUGAACACACGAUAGGGCUUCUCACACAAAGAUUUCGUCAACUGUACCAUCUGAAGAGCAGAAACAUUGAUCGCCAUUGAUUUGCCAUUUUGCUAGAGCAUGCUGCGUUUUGCAUAAUAUGUGCAUGGAUGAUCAGAACUUCAACCUUUGCAUCAACCAGUACCGCAAUGCAGAACAUCUUGGCAAUGAAACCGAUGAUGAUAAUGAAAAUGAUGAGAGGAAUGAAGUUGGCUUAAAUUAUAGGAAUUAUGUCGCUGCUAUGAUGGAUAUUUAAACAUCGUUCAG